AUGAAAUUUCCUGAUAAUAAAAAUCCCCGAACUGAAAAACUUCAAGAGAAUGCUGAAAACCUAUGUUACGAAUCUCAGGAUGCAAACGAACAAUAUAGCAGUUUAAAUGAAAACUCACAUCAUAGGGAAGUUGAAGUUAGAAAUGAACAAAAUGAUCUGAUUGUCCUUGAUCCAGAUCAUCCUCUGAUGAGGCGUUUUCAGGAGUCACUAAGAAGUAUGCUUACCAAACAUAUUAACAGUACGGAAAUUAAUCUAAGAGAAAAAAAUGAAGCAAUUAAAAGAGAAAAGGCAGACCACAUUGAAGUCGGUUGCGAUUUGUAUGGACUUCAACAGGAACUCGCAAAGUUUCAGUCACAGUUACAAAAUAAACAUAAUGAAUAUGCAGAAUAUCAUGGAAAAUAUGACGAUGCUCAGAAUAAACUCACAGCUCUUCGUGAAGACUACCAAACAUUUGUUAAAAUGAUGUUAGAAGAGACGAAAAAAAUGCACUCUAUGCGUGAUGAAGUUGAUGCAUUAUGUUUGCGACUAUAUUAUCUAAAUAGAGCUAAAGAAGACGUGAGUGGGGAUUUGAUAGUAUUGCAACGAGCAGCUGAAAAAGUCAACACUGAUUUUAGUAAGUUUGAGGAGGAGAAACUUCGUCAGGAUCUUUUGGUUGAUCGUUUACAAACCAAAGUUGAUCGACUAAAAGAUGAUAUUGCCUUAUAUGAAGCUCAAAUAGCAGCUCAAGAAAUUGAAAUGAAUGCGAGUCAAAAUCUUUUAUAUGAAGCUGAAGCUCAAAUAAUUGCAAUUAAUGUUGAUAAAUCUCAUUUACUUACUCAAUGGAAAACUAGUUUGCUUGGCUUACGGCGCAGAAAUGAAGCAUAUACUGAUUUAUUAACAGCUUAUAAUAAGCUGAAAGAAGAAAUACUUGUUUUAGAAAAUGAACAAAAUGCACAUAAGCGUUCAAUUAGCAAAGAACAAGAAACACACGAACAGUUAACAGGAUUACAGAAUAAAAAUGAAUCAGACUUGAAUACUUUACGUAAACAAUUAUUACAAGCAGAAACAAAACUUGAAGCUGAUAAACAAGCUUACACAACAUAUUCAAGAAUCUUACAGGAAACUGAACGUAAUCUUCUCAAUGCUAAAACAGAAAACGGUAUUGCUCAAAAAAGUUUAAACAAUAUCCGUAAACAGAUUGAGAAGAAGGUAAUAGAGAAGCAAGAUAUAGACAAAAAGAUCUCCGAAGAAUUAAGAGAUCGGUUAACUGCACAAAAAGCUGCUAGUUAUGUUCACAAAAUUAAUGUUAACAUACAAGAUCAAAGUAGAGAACUGCUAACCCAAAUCGUACAAAUGGAAAACCAGAUUGCUAAAGAGGAAUUAGAAGCAGCGCAUAAAAAAGCCAAUAAUAUGCAACAGCAGGAAAAAGUUGAUGAAUUAGAACGAGAAAUCGAUAACACAAAUCUAUUAAUCACUAAAUUAGAAAGUGAAAUACAUCAUGCUAAUAUUUUAGUUGAACGUAAACAGGGGAAUAUUGAUAUAUUGAACAAGAAAUUGGAGCGUUUAAUUCAUGACUGUGGUGGUCAAGAAAUUGGGCCGUUGGAUGCACAAGUAAACAAUUUAAAUAAAGCUGUUGGACAAAAACAAGAUGAGAUUGGCGAACUUGAACAACAAUGGUUAAGAGAACAGAAUGAAUUAGUUGUAAAUAUCAAUCAACGUGAUAAAUUAGCUGAGUCUGUUACUAGAAUAAAUAAACAACUAUCGAUUUUAACACAGAAGAAAUUACGCAUUGAUAAUGAAAUAGCUAUUCAGGGACGUGAGAAAAAUGAUUUGAAAAAAGAAUUAGGACAUUUACAGAAUGAUAUCACUAGGAUAAACUCAAUGAUAGCUAAAGAGAAGACGACUGAAGAAUAUUUGAACAAUGAAAAUAAACUAACUGAAAUUGAUUUUAUACGCUCAUUGAAAGAAAAAGAAAUUGAAGCAGCUAAUUUACAAGAAAAAGUGCAUCAAGCUUUAAUGGAUAAAGAAGACUUAUUAAAUGAAUUAGUCGAAGUUGAACGAACAAUUAUGCUGUGGGAAAAGAAAGUACAACUGUGCGAAGAAACUAAAAAAUCUGUUGAUUGUGAAGUAGGUCAAGGUGAAAUAAGUGUUAUGCGUCAUGAAAUUCAUCGAAUGGAAAUUCGUAAAUCCUCAUUACUUCAACAACAAGAAAGACUAAUUCAGGCAUUAGAACGUUCUGUAGCAAAGCGUGAUGCGAUUGUUAAUCAGUCCGAUUUUCUUCAAUCGAGAAAGGAUAAAUCACAAAUACGAAUCACUGCACAACGUCAAAUUGAGGAACUUAAAAAGAAACUAAAAGCUAUCAAACAGAAUUCCGCAUCCUGUACAAAAGCGCUUGAGGAGUUUGAGGCAAAAACCAAUAUAUUAGAAGGUGAAUUAUGUAUGAAGAAAGCUGAUGCUGAGGCUGAACAAAAGAAAGCUGAAGAAUUGAUGAAAAAAUUGCAGUCACUGUCUGACCACAAACAGAUUGAUCUUUUUGAGCUUCAAAUGCGCCAGCAUGCUACAAUUUACUGGGAACAAAUAAAACAAGAUAAAUAUCGUCGGCUUUGUCCUUCUGCCACUUCUGCUGACAAUGAAAAAAACAGACAAGUUAAUCGUUCUCGAGGUUUGAUGGCAAUUAUAGAUCAGUUGGUAAUAGAAUUUCCUCAAAUUCAACAGAAUUUAGAACCAGUACGUUGUUUGCUAGAAAAUAAACUAAAAUCUGAAAACAAUAAACCUAAAAUGGAUGUUACUGAAGCUGACACUAAGGAAACUCUGCUAAGUUAACACUAUCGAAG